CACGCUUCUCCUUUUCUUCUCAUCAGAAAACGCUCCUCGUCUUCCUCUGUGUAAAGCUAUGAAGACGCCAUUAGAGUUUAACCAAACUUCUCCAUAGAGAAACAAAAAGACGCUUUCUCUCUUUCUCUUUCUAUUUCACAGUCUCUCUCGAGAUCAUUAGCGGGAAAAGAAAGAGGUUUUGCGUAAUGGGUUGUUUCCUUGGGUGUUUUGGUGCCGCCAAAGAUCGCAAACGUCGAAAACAGAGACACAAGAUUCAGCCUAGGGAUCAUUUGCAAAGAACUCCAAGAAACAAUCUUGAACCAUCCAUAGUUUCUUUGGCACAGGACUUGCGAGAAAAACCCACAACUCCAGUUAAGGAAAGCAGUGGUAAGCCUGAGGAGCCAUUAAGCUCGGCUAGUAAAAAGAAAGUAACUUUUGAUACCAAUGUCAAGACGUAUGAGCAUGUAUGGCCUGAUGAAUCUAUUGAUUUCUCACUGGAGCAAGAAGAAGAAGAAGAAGAAGAAGAAGAAACUAGCAAGAACAGGGAGGAUCUAGUGAAACCAACCGUAUCUCAGUAUUGUUCUGAUGAUAAUAAUUCAGUCACGUCAAGCUCCGGAUCUUACCCUCCAAACCAUAGGUACCAGAAUUGUAGAGAAAGUGACGAUGAGGAAGAUGAAUUAGACAAUGAGGAAAGCGAACUUGAAGAUGAAGAUGAUGGUAUGCUUGAUGACCAGGACGAUGACGGGUAUUAUGAGGAUAUGAUUUGUCGGGUUAAAAGGGUUUAUACAGAAGAGAUUGAGGAGGAAGAAGAAGGGCUCAAAGGAAUGAAGGAGAUGGGAAGGAAUGGAGGUGCUCGAGACAGGAGUGGUUAUGUCCAUUCUGUGUUAAACCCAGUUGAAAAUCUUACUCAAUGGAAAGCAGUAAAAGAAAAAGGCAAAGGACCACCGCCAUUGAAGCCACAAAAGGAGAAUUUAAGCUUGGAUGAAGAAACUCAGAUCCCAUUUAACUUGAAAGAAUCUUCAAGAUCUGAUCAUCAUCAACAUCAACCCAAGAAAUCAUCAUUACAAGAAGUGGCUGUUGAUGCCAGUCUUUCCACCUGGUUAUCUUCAUCAGAAACCACACCUAUGAGCAAGAACAGCUCAAUUAACUUCAAACCCUCUACGCCUGGAUCAAAUUCAAUAAGAAGCCAAGAAGAUAGGCCGAUCUUAGGUGCUCUUACACUAGAGGAAAUCAGACAGUUCUCUGCUUCCUCUGUUUCCCCAAAGAGGUCACCAAGUAAAAGUCCAGACGAGACACCUAUAAUAGGGACUGUUGGGACUUACUGGAACCACACUGUAUCUUCCACCAUGGAUCCUUCUUCUGCUUCUGCUGCUUCUUUCAAAGGAAUACCAAACACUACCAGCAAGUACAGAGAGGAUAGAAGAGUGAAUUGGCAUUCAACCCCAUUUGAGACGAGAUUGGAGAGAGCUCUGGAAAGAGGUGCCGCUGCAGCUUCAUCCAAUGCGUGUUGAAAUUGAAAAGAUCAUUGAAGGAAUUUUUGUUGGUGUUUAAUUAUUUUUGUGUUUGGUUUUGGGAAUUACUGUGUGAAUUUUGUUUGUCAUUGUUGUAAUUCUUUUAUUGAUUUGGUAAAUUGUCAA